CGUCCUGCCCCUCAACAACUGCUUACAGCACGGUUAUGAAAAGACGAGCUUUUGAUUCACGUUAACAGUAAGACUUGCUGCUUCACUUGAGUAGCUACUGCAGUGCAUUCAGUCUUAUUGAUAUCUGAUAUAUUGAUACUGUAUACAAAGCGCUGCCUGUGCACUUGAGCUUUUGUGUACUGACGGAAGCAAGAUUCACAACUGAGAGAUUUAAUGAUGACGACGUCAUGGAGCGAUCGACUUCAGGACUAUGCAGAUCUCCCGGCAAACAUGGAUGGCCUGGCGAUGAAGAAAUACAGGAGAGAGGCCUAUCAUAGAGUGUUUGUGAACAGAAGUCUGGCCAUGGAGAAGAUUAAAUGCUUCGGCUUUGACAUGGACUACACUUUAGCAGUAUACAAGUCACCUGAAUACGAAUCUUUGGGCUUUGAUCUGACUGUGGAGCGGCUGGUCUCCAUCGGCUACCCGCAGGAACUGCUCGGAUUUGUUUAUGACCCCACUUUCCCUACAAGAGGUCUGGUGUUUGACACCAUGUAUGGCAACCUCCUGAAGGUAGAUGCUUAUGGAAACAUCCUGGUCUGUGUCCAUGGCUUUAACUUCCUGCGAGGCCCUGACACCCGAGAGCUCUAUCCCAACAAGUUUAUCCAGCGUGAUGACACAGAACGCUUCUACAUCCUCAACACACUCUUUAACCUUCCAGAAACAUACCUUUUAGCCUGCCUGGUUGACUUCUUCUCAAACUGUGACCGAUAUUCAAGCUGUGAAACAGGCUUUAAGGAUGGAGACCUCUUCAUGUCCUUCAAGAGCAUGUUCCAAGAUGUCCGAGAUGCUGUAGACUGGGUACAUUUUAAGGGAACGUUGAAGGAGAAAACCGUGGAAAACCUGGAGAAGUAUGUUGUGAAAGAUGCCAAGUUGCCAUUGCUGCUGAGCCGCAUGAAUGAAGUUUCUAAAGUUUUCUUAGCCACCAACAGUGACUACAAAUACACAGACAAAAUUAUGACAUACUUGUUUGACUUCCCCCAUGGCCCAAAGCAUGGCACUCCACACCGUCCAUGGCAGUCAUACUUCGACCUCAUCCUAGUGGAUGCUCGAAAGCCUUUAUUUUUUGGAGAGGGAACUGUUCUAAGACAGGUGGAUACGACUACAGGGCGGCUGAAAAUAGGAACAUACACUGGACCUUUACAACAUGGCAUUGUUUACUCUGGAGGUUCUUCAGACAUUGUGUGUGACCUGCUUGGAGCAAAAGGGAAGGAUAUUUUGUACAUUGGGGAUCACAUUUUUGGAGAUAUUCUUAAGUCCAAGAAGCGUCAGGGUUGGCGGACGUUCCUGGUGAUUCCUGAAUUGGCUCAGGAGCUGCAUGUGUGGACGGACAAAAGCUCUCUGUUCGAGGAACUGCAGGGCUUGGACAUUUUCUUGGCAGAACUAUACAAGCGUAGGACCAAGAAAUGUUGGUCCAAUCAAAACGCUCGGUCCGAGCGUUUUAUUUGUCUCUCCUACCUGCCUGUCAACGUAUGUAUUUGCAUACCUCUGCGCACCCGGUUCGCGCAGACAGGAUACGUCAUCAGCGCGAUCACGCACACUAUUGCAGACAGAGCCAGAAUGGCAGGCAAACAUCAACAACCCGAUCUUCUUUCCUGGCAUUUGGACAGCAGCAGCAAUGAGAGACCAGAUAUCAGUGCCAUCCAGAGAAGAAUGAAGAAAGUGACUCAUGACAUGGACAUGUGCUACGGGAUGAUGGGAAGUCUGUUCCGCAGCGGCUCUCGGCAGACUCUGUUUGCGUCUCAGGUGAUGCGUUACGCUGACCUGUAUGCUGCCUCAUUCAUCAACCUGCUCUACUACCCCUUCAGCUACCUGUUCAGAGCCGCUCACGUGCUGAUGCCCCAUGAGUCCACAGUGGAGCACACUCACGUAGACACAGAGACUGAGUCUCCUCUGGCCACACGCAACCGCCACUGUGUGGACUGCAAGGACAUCGACUGUAAAAGAAACCAGCUCACACGCUCCAUCAGCGAAAUCAAACCGCCCCACCUGUUCGCUCAUCCGCCGCAGGAAAUCACACACUGCCACGACGAAGACGACGACGAAGAGGAGGAGGAAGAGGAGGAAGAGUAGAUGUUUUUGACCUAUUCUAGGGUAAAGAUCUGUAGGGUGAUGGUGAUAGAGUGAUGAGGAUAUCGUGUGAGGUGGAUGUAUGAAGUAGACCAUAAUUGCCAAACCAAGCUCAAAAAGCUUACCAGACUUCAGUUCACCCAAACUGACAGUUUCCUCCAUUAAAGAAAGCUAAACUAAUACAUAAGUUUGUUAAAAAAAAAAAAAAAAAUGGGAUCUGGAAUUGUUUAUCAGUCACUAUAAAAGCACAUAAUGUCAUGAUAAACAUCCAAUGGAAACAGUGGAAGGGAUACUUACUUUACUGUGAACUGAUGGUAAAACUCAUGAGUUUACAUGCAUCAUUCAGGCGGCAUGCUGGCAAAGACUCAGAAAAUGAAAACCUGUUAGGACAAGUGGUUAUUGGAUCCUUACAGAUACAAAUUAUAGUCAUAUCUUACUAUUGUUUUACUGUUUUUAUCAGUAACUUUUCAAGUAGCCAGUCCAUUCACUCAGAUUAGCUUGGUUACUACCUCCUGCAAAGACUGUUGCUUUAAAAAAAAAAACUCUUGUGUGUGUGUUAAAGCUGUGUAUGUUGGCAGGGUGUUUGUGUUGAAGUCCUGCGUGUGUUGGGAAUCUGAAUGAAGCACAGAAAACCGAAGCACGGUUCAUGACGUGAGCAUGGAAGUGCAGCCAACACAAGAAUCCAGUUACUUGGCAACAGCAUGCAGCUGCUUUUUUUAGAGGUUUGUUGUUAACCUCUUGGUUUUCAUCUUUUUUAUUGCAGACGUUUUGGUUAGCGCUAAUGCUAUAGAGUAGCAAACAGAUGCCUCGUGUAUUAGGGCGCAAAAUGAGUCCAAACACACACAGAGACAUCAUGUCAGUACCUGCUCUAAUUUUGGCAACCAUGUCACAUUGAACAAUGACAUACUGUAUUUUUAUACUCUUAUAUAAGCGAAACAGAACGCUCUAAUUUUGUCUCAAACAUUGCGUGCCAUUAAUAUCUGCCUCACAUAAGAAAACUAUUCAAAUAUCAUACAGUAAGUGACCUUGAUAUGCAAAAAAAUAUUUAUAAAACUUGUGUUUUAUGGCCUGAGCUGCUGAAAAAGUCACUGAGAGAAAAAGUACAAUGAAGUAAACAGCUGGACAUUGUGAAGCUGAUAGGUUGAGAAAGAAAGUGCUGUUGCUUUGGUAAAUGUUUUAAUGGAAAUUAAUGUAGUCCUGGAUAAUGUUUGAACUCUGUUGAUGGUUUACUCUCAUGUGGACCAAACGGUGUUGAGAAAUUGUGUUCGAUUUAGCUUCAAGGGUCCCGUUAGAGACUUUUAGGUGUCUCCACAGCAAGUAUGUGGAGUUUUUAAAGAAAUAAACAUUAUUUUUGAGUAUAAUGGUGGUUCACGGUUUAGAGAGGAAGCGGUUUUAGCUGUGGGAAGUGUUUCAAGUGCAUGAAACAUGUAGAUUAGGACGGUUAGUGUGACUUUUAUAUGCAUUACUCAAAGAUAGUAUGUAGGAUCUGAUUGAAUAAAGCUACCCAAUCCAUAGCGCAACAUGUAUUACUCAUAUGCAUAUUGUAACUGUAUGUUGUUUUUUAAUUUAUGAGAAUGUAGUUUUGUUUUUUUCCAUGGGUCUGACUGUCAGUUUUUAAAAGGGAUGACGGUUUCUAGGUUUUCAAAAGUCUGUUUUCAAGGAAUCAGUUAAAAAGAUAUUUUUAAACAUACAGUGCAUAUUUCAUGUCAGUUUUUGGUUUAAAAUUAACUGGACAUCCUAAAAUGGGGCAGCUCUUUCAAAAUAUACUUGUUCUUGGUUCUUUAGAGACCACAGUAUAGAGAAAGUGUCUUUUUAUGUCCUAAAAAAGAUCCAGUAUCUCUCUUUCCUCUGUUUUCAUUAGCUUUUUAUAUAAAAACUCAGUUGGGUGUGUGUAUAUAUGCAUAUGUGUAUAUAUGCAUAAUAAAUAUAAUAUGCAUAAUAAAGCCAGCUCCCUGGACAUGGAUUAAAACUAGUCCUGGGCUAAUUUGCACUAGUGUUGGCAGUUGUCCUUUUUAGUUGUCUAUGCAAGGGAAACUGGCUUAGAUUAUAUUUAAAAAUAAUAUAAUAGAAAAUGCAUCGAGUUUGAACAGUAUUCGUCCAAUUUUCCCAGUAGUGUAUCCUAGAUACAUCUUUAACGGGUGAAGGUCUCAUCCGUAUAGUCAUAGGUAGCAUUGCAUAUAUCUCUGUUUGAACCAGUGUUUUCAUAUUAUAUUUUGGCAUAGUUUACAGUAUACAGCAGUAGCGUGCCAAUAACUUACUAAUAUACUGAAUAUCUGUUCCUUUCUGUUUUUUUUACCUUUUUCCUAAUUUCAGAUUUUUAUUUUUUUUUUAAUUCAUGUUUAAUACAAACGCUAUUUUUUUGUGACUUUUAUUAGUUUUCAGUUUAGCAAAAGGAAAGGUGCAAAACUGUUCCGUCUGUAAAAGAGAUCUAGCAAAAUAGACAUGGCAUUUAUUAAUCCAAUUUUUUGUUUUGUUUUUUGUUCUUUGUUUAGGGCAUGUGAUUUCAUGUCUCCGAUUUCAUUGUUCCUUGAAUUAUGAUAGUUUCUGAUUUAUAGAGUUCUAAACUUAUACAUAUGGGAAAUUGAAUUGCAAUGUCAAAUAAAAAUAAUUUUCCAUAA